AUGAGUGUCUUACCUAUGGUGGUCAAGCACACUCAAGCUCUGUUAACUCCAUUAGAAAGCAUAUGCUUUGAUGGUGUUAAGCACACUUCGUGGCUGACAAUUACAUGCCCUCACAGUGCACAUGGAACAGCAUGUAUCUUUGGAAAUGCCUGUGCUUCGUUGGCUGAAUCCAAACAAAGUGUUGCAAAGAAGGCAAUCACUUUUAUGAUGCAUACAUAUAACUUUUCUAUAAUUGAUGCUAACUACCAAGCUGCUGACUACGCAUCUAUUCUGUGUGCUCUUGAAAGAGAAAGCUACUUAACUACCCAAGAGCGUGUGCUAAACAUCCAAGAACCUAUACACCCUAGCCCUCUGGUUGUAGAUCAAGAUUGCUUGACUCCGCGCGGCAAACAGUUCCAGAUACCUACGAUGUAUCACUCCUUUCCACCUAAGAAGCGUAAAGCCAGGUCAUCAUUCGGCAGCGUGGCAACCUACUUAAUAAGCGUAGCAUGUAUGUUUAAAGGCUUAUCAGAUCCAUCUGAACAGGUAUUUUCGGGUGAAUCAGUUGGGGCUGCUAUAAGUGUUGGCCAGGAGAUGCCAACAGCAGCACUGACUUUGCCUCCAGUAGAAUGCUGUUCUAAGUGCUCUGCAAUUAGAUUUUUUUUUGAACCGCUUGGAUUUUGUUGUUCAGAUGGUGAAGUUGAGAUUGCAUCCAAUUCAUUCCCAUCAGAACUCAUUCGACUCUUCACUUCCCAAGAUGAUGAUGCUGUGCACUUUAGAACAUAUUCACGCCUUUAUAAUAACCUCUUUGCUUUCAGUUCUCUCGGUGGCGACUUUGAUUCAUGCACUCAAAAAGGCAUUUACGUAUUCAAGUUACAUGGCCAAAUCUAUCACUUUAUACCAAAUCUGUUACCUACAAACGAUAACCCAAAAUUCUUACAACUAUACUUCUAUGAUGCUCAGCAUGAAUCAGAAAACCGUCUGAAUCUGUUCCCUGAAUUGAGGGCUGAUGUGAUCGCUAUUUUGAUGGAAAUCAUGCAGCACAACCCAUAUGCUAAAUUUUUCAAAUCCCUUCGCGAACUUGAUGUUGUGGAGGAUACAGAAAUACGAUUAAACAAAGAUCCUGUGCUUGACCAGCGCGUAUAUAAUGCUCCAACUGCUGAAGAGGUCGCUGUAAUAUGGGCCGAGGAUUCUGCAACCAGCGUGACUGGUGGGCCCCAUAUUAUUGUCCAUGGCAAGGCCGAACGUGAGCACAGGAUCAUGCACUAUUAUGGCUGUUAUGAUCCGCUGCAGUAUCCCCUCCUUCGGCCCUAUGGUGAUUGUGGUUGGCAUCACGGUCUUAAAAAAACAGGCAGUGGUGGACGUAGGCAGCGUGCGCUUGCUCAGCAAAACUUUGCUGCAGCAUUAGCGACGGAUGUAGAUACCUUCUUAGCUGGUGAAGCUUCGGUUGCGGCGCAGGUUAAAACGAGUAGAACCCAGAUUUCUUGCAGGGCAUAUUAUGCAUAUCUUCUGCAAAUGCGUCCUCGUAACUACAUUCUGCGAGCGUGUCGGUUAUUCCAACAAUUCAUUGUUGAUAUGUAUGUGAAGCUUGAAAACACCCGUCUGGAUUUUUUUAGGCACAACCAAGCAAAAAUUCGGGCAGAGUUGUAUCAAGGCAUUUUGGAUUGCUUUGAAGGUGGCGAGAAUAGUGGAGCUAAUAUGGGUCAUAGAGUUAUUCUCCCGCCUACCUUCCUUGGUGGCCCCCGUGACAUGAAGCGACGUUACUUAAAUGCACUGACUCUGGUGCAACGAUAUGGCAAGCCUGAUCUAUUUAUUACAAUGACAUGUAAUCCAAACUGGCCAGAGAUAAAGGCCUGUCUUGCUCCUGGUGAACUUGCCCAACAUCGUCCAGAUAUUGUUGCCCGUGUUUUCCGUGCGAAGUUGCUCAAAUUGAAAAAAAUGCUUUUCGAGGACAGUGUUUUGGGUGAGGUUGCAGCAUACACGUAUGUUGUUGAAUUCCAAAAACGCGGUUUGCCACAUGCACACUUAUUGCUUAUUAUGAAGCCAUCUUACAAAAUCAAAGAACCUGAUGCAUUUGACAAGUUUAUAAGUGCUGAAAUUCCUGAUGAGAGCAACUCUCACUUGCGGAGAAUAGUUUUAAGCCACAUGAUGCAUGGCCCAUGUGGAAAAGCUAACACCGAAUGUCCUUGUAUGAAACACAAAAGUUGCCCAGGAACAUGCAAGUAUGGGUAUCCAAAGGCAUUUAGAGAAGAAACGAGUACACAUGAAAAUGGUUUUCCGCUUUACAGGCGGAGAAAUAGUGGCCAAAAUCCUAUCAUCCGCAAGUUCGCCAUGGACAAUAGAUGGGUUAUCCCAUAUAAUCCUUACCUCUCCGCUCUCUUUGAUUGUCAUUUAAAUGUCGAAGUUUGCUCAACCAUCCAAGCAGUGAAAUACAUAUACAAGUAUGUUUACAAAGGGCAUGACAAAAUUUCAUUUGCUGUGUCAAAUCAAAAAGAAUCAAAACCAGUUGAUGAAAUUACACAAUUCCAAACUGGUCGUUGGGUCUCGCCGUGUGAGGCUGCAUGGAGAAUUUUUUCAUUUGAUCUGUUUGAAAUGUAUCCUCCUGUGCUCCCCCUUCAAGUUCAUUUGCCCAAUGCACAAACAGUCCAGUUCAAUCCCACGGAACAACUUGCUCGCAUUGUGGCAAGUGAUGCAAGGUCUCGAACAUCGCUCACCGAGUUUUUCAAAGUAAAUGCAGCUGAAAGCGGUGCAGCCCAGUUAUUAUACUCAGAGUUUCCAGAACAUUAUGUGUGGACUGCUUCUGCAAAAACAUGGACUAAAAGAGUCCACAAAAGAUUUGUUGUUGGCCGUUUAAUAUUUGUGGUUCCAGCAGAGGGUGAGCGCUACUUCCUACGCCUUCUUCUAGCUAAUGUUGUAAGAUUAACAAUAAAACACUAA